AUGGCAGACCGACCUCAACCCUCAGCCGACGAGCUCGCCGCUUUCCUCGACUGCUGCCGCUUUGGCGACGUCGAGCAGGACGACUUGGGCGACAUCCAGCGCUUUGCGGCGCACUACGGCGACGAGUGGCUUGCAAAGGCCAAGGACGACCGAGGGAACACUGCGCUGCAUAUGGCGGGCGGGAACGGGCACACCGACAUCGUCCGAUGGCUCCUCCCUCGCCUCCCCGAAUCAGCCCUCAUCGCUCAAAACGACGCCCUCUCGACGCCUCUCCACUGGAUCGCCCUCAACUACCACCUCCCCAUCCUCGAACUCCUCUGCCCCUUGCUCCCCCUCUCCGCCUUUGAAAUCAAGAACCAGCACGGCAAGACUGCAGUACAGGAAGCCGAAGAGGCUUGCGAGGCUUUCGUCGUAGGAGAGGCAGAUCAGGAGACGGAGAAGGGGAAGGAGAGGGUUAGGAGGGAGAAGUGCGUCGCGUAUGUGCUAGGAUGCAUGGGACUGGGAGUGAAGAAGCCUACGGGUGGGGAUGAGAGUAAGGCCGAGGAGGCGGAGGGAGAGGUCAAGGCGGAGAGGGGUGAGGACGACGAGACGGUCAAGCGGUUGACGGAGCAGGCGGAGAAGAUUAAGCUCGAGCAGGAGGCCAAGGUCAAGCAGGCGUAG